GCUCUCCCUAUUUAAACCAUUUCACCCUUCACUUGCUUUCUCAAUCUAAUUCUAACCCACUCUUCUCCUUCCACUCACAAACACAAGAAUAUAUACAAAGAUAAUAUAAGCAUGAGCGGCUUUAGUGCGAGGAGCAUAACAUUUAUGCUCUUCAUUGCUUUUCUGGUUUGGUCUUCGAGUUUUGACACCUGCAUUGCAAGAAGAGGCCGCCACUGGAGACAGACCAGGAGCAGCUCAGUUUCCCUGUACAAGAAGAAGGGCAAGAAUCAUAGUAACCACCACCACAAUGUCAAAUCAAAAUCAAAAUCGUCUCCUCACAAGGCUCCUUCACCUCCUCUCUCUCGUAAGGCUCCAUCGCCUCCCCCGCCUAAUAACCCUAAAGAUGAUGACAUCCCACCACCGCCGCCGCAAAAAGGCUACGGGAGUCCCUCGCGUUCUUCAGUCUUUAACGUGCUGGAUUUUGGUGCAAAGGGCAAUGGAAACACUGAUGAUACCAAGGCAUUUCAAGCUGCAUGGGCAUCUGCUUGUAAAGUUGAAGCAUCAACGGUGAUCGUCCCGGCUGAAUAUGUGUUCCUCGUGGGUCCAAUCUCAUUUUCUGGUCCAUAUUGCCAACCAAACAUCGUCUUUCAGCUUGAUGGCACAGUCAUUGCUCCAAUUGAUAACAAACCUUGGGGUAAAGGCCUAUUACAAUGGCUUGAAUUUACAAAGCUACGAGGCAUUACAAUCCAAGGAUCAGGUAUCAUUGAUGGCAGAGGUUCUGUCUGGUGGCAAUAUUAUCCAUUUGAUGAUCCCAUUGAUGACGAAUCAAAGCUUAUUAUACCGCUAAACAACACAGUACAAGAACACCCACCAAUGCCGGUAAGAAACGAACUCAAUGGGAAAAUGCCAAGCAUCAAACCAACUGCACUGAGGUUCUACGGCAGUUUUAAUGCGACAGUCACUGGUAUAACAAUUCGAAACAGUCCCCAAUGCCACCUCAAGUUUGACAACUGCGUGGGAGUCCUGGUACAUAAUAUCAGCAUUUCAUCUCCUGGUGACAGUCCUAAUACUGAUGGGAUACACCUACAGAAUUCCAAAGAUGUGCUAAUUCAUGGAACUAAUCUUGCUUGCGGAGAUGACUGUGUUUCAAUACAAACUGGAUGCUCAAAUGUAUAUAUACACAAUGUGAACUGUGGACCAGGGCAUGGAAUCAGCAUUGGAAGCCUGGGUAGGUAUAAUACCAAAGCGUGUGUUUCCAACAUCACUGUUCGGGACAUUGUGAUGCACAACACCAUGAAUGGUGUCAGAAUCAAGACAUGGCAGGGUGGAUCAGGUUCUGUGCAGGGGGUUCUGUUCUCAAACAUUCAAGUUUCUGAGGUCCAACUUCCGAUUGUGAUUGACCAAUUCUACUGCGACAAAAGCACUUGUAAGAACCAAACAUCAGCAGUGGCUCUAUCAGGAAUCACCUAUGAGAAAAUAAGGGGAACAUACACAGUCAAACCUGUACACUUCGCUUGCAGUGACAGCCUGCCAUGUACAGAUGUAAAUCUAGCAGCCAUAGAGCUAAAGCCACUGCAACAAGCAUACCAUCUUUAUGAGCCCUUUUGCUGGCAAACAUUUGGGGAGCUAAACACUCCUACUGUCCCUCCAAUUGCUUGUUUACAGAUAGGGAAGCCAUCAAGAAAUGGGGUUCAAUCUGAUCAAGAUAUAUGUUGACUUACUCCAGAUAAUAUAUGGAUUUCUCAUGGUGGUCAGCAUGAUUUUUAGACCCCUUCUAUACCACAAAAGUUAGGUAAAGAGUGUAUAUUCAUGCAGUCCUACUCUGUAGGAGGUGUUUGUUAGUAGGUUCAUAUUAGUUCCUAUUCUAUAACAGUAUACAGGGAUUAUUAUCAGUUAGAGUCUGGGUAAGGGAGCCUCGUUUGAGAUUGGAUUUUCUCCUUGUGGAAUAGCACACUAGUCCCUGAUUACUAGAUGUGAAGUAGUAAAUGUAUCACCAUCUAUAGAUAUACAAAUGUUUGAUAUAAA